AAGCUCACAGUUCUGAGCCAUGCUAAAUCCUGAGGUAAAGUGAUCAGUAAAAAAGCUACAUUUGCGAGUUUGUCUGCAAAAUUAAAUUUUGCAGUCGUGUAAAUAUGUAAUCCAAGGAUUAUAUUUAUAUUAUGGGUUUAUAUUAAUGCUUCGAGAACUAUUUUAUUGUUUUCAGUGGUUAUUAUGGGGCGAAGUAGCGCGCUGAUACGGUGGCGAAGCUAACUAGCGAUAACUAACUCCGAAUCAGAAUGAGAAUCGAGUUUAAUGCCAAGUCUGUUUUCACAUACAAGGAAUUUGCUUUGGUGCUUGAACAGAAUUCAGUCUUUAUUCGAAACAACCCUCAACCACAAGAUGGAUAAAGAACAGCGGAAUAUUGUCGUUUUUAAUUCAUCCAAAAGAGAGCUGUUUACUGCCAACACCGGCUACAAGAGUCUUCAGAAGAGACUGAGGGCGCAAUGGAAGAUUCAGGGCAUCAAAGAGGAGAUCACAGCGGAGAAACUGCAUGGUGUGAAGCUGUGGAUCACUGCAGGCCCUCGAGAGAAGUUCACCGAAGCAGAGUUGCAAGUCCUGAAGCAGUAUCUGGAUGGUGGUGGGAAUGUUCUUGCAAUGCUCGGAGAAGGAGGAGAAGUGAAAUACGACACUAAUAUCAACUUCCUCCUGGAGGAGUUUGGUAUCAUGGUGAACAGCGAUGCCGUCGUGAGAAAUGUUUACUAUAAAUACUUCCAUCCUAAAGAAGCGCUCGUGUCCAAUGGGGUUCUUAACAGGGAGAUCAGCCGUGCAGCCGGGAAAGUGGUAACAGGAAUCAUUGAUGAUGAAAACCCGGGUAACGAUACGCAGGCGCUCACGUUCGUGUACCCGUAUGGAGCUACGCUGAGCGUUAUGAAGCCUGCAGUGGCGGUCCUGUCCACCGGUUCCGUGUGUUUCCCUCUCAACAGACCCGUUCUGGCCUUCUCUAAGGUCCAGAAGAACGCAGGCAAGCUGGCGGUGCUGGGUUCAUGCCACAUGUUCAGCGAUCAAUACCUGGACAAGGAAGAGAACAGUAAAAUAAUGGAUGUCGUGUUCCAGUGGCUGACGUCCGACAACAUUCACCUGAAUCAAAUAGAUGCCGAAGAUCCUGAGAUCACAGACUACACCAUGUUACCAGACACGGGAUACCUGUCUGAGAGACUCCGAGUGUGUCUACAGGAAGGCGACGAGAAUCCACGCGACUUCACUUCCCUUUUCGACAUGUCUCUGUUUAAGCUGUCCACAGACUCCCUCCCGAGCGUUAUCAGAGCCUACAAGCAGCUGAAUGUCAAACACGAGCCGCUGCAGCUGAUCACGCCUCAGUUCGAAACACCGCUGCCGCCUCUGCAGCCUGCCGUUUUCCAGCCGGCCUUUAGGGACCUGCCCCCACCGAUGCUCAACCUUUUUGACCUCGACGAGACGUUUUCUUCUGAGAAAGUGCGACUUGCUCAGCUGUCGAACAAAUGCACCGACGACGAUCUUGAGUUUUACGUGCGGAAAUGCGGAGACAUCUUGGGGGUCACGGGAAAGCUGGAUAAAGAAAAACAAGACGCCAAGCACAUCCUCGAACACAUCUUCUUUCAGGUUGUGGAGUUUAAAAAGCUCAAUCAGGAGCAUGAUGUUGAUACAGCACAGACGAGGUUUUCUCCGUCCUGAAGCAGGAAGUUCGGGCAUCAUCAGAUUUCCACACACAAUGUGAAACAGGCUGAUCGGGGAACAAUUACUACGUUAAAAAUAAUUUCAGAACUAAUUAACAUUCACAGGGACUAAAUACUACUUUUUGAAAAGGAUUUCCAAUUAGCAUUUUACAAAGCAAAAAGGAUUGUUUUUUUUUAAACCAUGACUACUGGAAUUGCUUUCAGUAAUGAGAUGUUGACAAGAGAAAGAGAACUUUAAAAAGUGUAGAUAGUCCACCACGCAUCGUAACCAGCGAUGUGGCAAUAAUACUGAUAUAUCACAGCUAACAAGUGCUCCGAUGACAAUAAGGCCAGGCACAAGUGCAUCACUCGUGAAAAGUUCAUUUUUGUUAAUUUAUUGAAAAGUAAGUCACCUUGAAGGCAGUUAUCGCUUGUAACUCGCUCACUGUCUGCUUCAUCGCACCACACCAUCAUUUUCCUUUCACAGCACGUCCGGAAGUGUUUUAUUCCUCUUACACCACAGCAGUUUGACUAUUACAGUUUUCUUUUUAUUUUAUAACACUUCAUGUCACGUGCUUUGUCCAUUUAUAGUUAACGAAGCAAAUUUAUCACUUCAUCAGCAGCCUCUCGUCUCUGCUCCGCUCCUUCUUUCUCGACACUAAUACAACCCCGAUUCCAAAAAAGUUGGGACAAAGUACAAAUUGUAAAUAAAAACGGAAUGCAAUGA